AUGCCAGCCAGUGAAUUUAAAGAAUCUGAAAGUCAUAAGAUUACACUGGUGGAGGCGCAGGAAGAUGGGGUCUCCCAUGUAAGGAAAAGAGAUUUUAUUUUGGAUGCACCCAAUGGGCUACUCCCCAAUGACAAGCUGACCCUCUUCUGUGAGGUGAAAGUGACACAAGACUUCACCAAAAGUUUUAGCCUGAAUAACAAGAAUAUGGUGAAGGCUUCUGAGCACUGGUUAACAAGUGAUCUAGCAGGGCUAUGGAAGAAUUCCCUGUUGGCAGACUGUUGCUUGUUGGUGUCUGGCCAGGAAUUCCAGGCUCACAAAGCCAUCUUAGCAGCCUGCUCUCCAGUUUUCAGGGCCAUGUUUGAACAUGAAAUGCAGGAGAGCAAGAAUAAUCAAGUUAAAAUCAGUGAUAUGGAGCCUGAAGUUUUCAAGGAAAUAAUGUUCUUAAUGUACACAGGAAAGGCACCAAAACUCGGCAGAAUGGCACCUGAUCUGCUGGCAGCUGCAGACAGGUGUGGCCUGGGGUGCCUGAAGCUCAUGUGUGAGAAACACCUCUGCUGCAACCUCUCUGUGGAGAAUGUCAUAAAAAUCCUCAUCUUGGUUGAGUUCCACAAGGCACAUCAGUUGAAAGUUUGUGCAGUGGAUUUCAUCAACUUGCAUAUUUCUGACAUCCUGGAGAAUGAGCAGUGGAAGUCCUUAGUGGUGUCACACCACCAAUUGUUGGCUGAAGCCUAUCAGUCUCUGGCUUCCAUGCAGUGUGCUUUCCUGGGACCCCCAUAUAAGCAUGUAAGGCUGUCCUGA